AUGGGUCUGGUCAGGACCGCGCUGACCGAUGCGGGCUACCGCGACAUCAAAAUCGAACGAAUCGACGACAGCACGUUCCGAGUCCUGUCGGGUACCGUCGGCUCCGAGGUUGAGACGGCGGCCAGACAGGCGUUGACCGAUGCCAUCGGCGCGCCGGGGCUUACGGUUAACAGCGCGAUCGACGAGGCCAAGUCGCUGAUCGGCCUGACUGCGCUGCUGGAGUUCAAGGAACGCACCUGCGAAGACAUCACCUGCGAGCAGUUCACUGACGCGGACCUUGGCCUGACCGGCGAUGACCUGGAACGGGCAGAGGCAUCCGCCGAUCCGGUGGGGAUCGGCUGGGUGAUCAACCUGCAGUUCGACGGGCGCGGUUCCGACAUUUUCUCGGACCUGACCCGACGCAUUGCCGGGGUGGAGACCAAGCGAAUCUCGGUGUUCAUGGACGACCAGGAGAUCAUCGCGCCAGUGGCGCGGGCCUGGAUUCGCGACGGCAGCACGCAGGUCAGCGGGAACUUCACCCGCGAGGAGGCUCGCACCCUGGCCAUCCAGCUUGAGGCGGGUCGCCUGCAGGUACCGCUCAAGCUGAUCCAGGAGAGCGAUGUGGACGCCCUGCUGGGCUCCGAGUCCCUACGCAACAGCCUGGUAGCGGGACUGGUAGGUCUGGGGCUGGUGCUGCUGUUCAUGAUCGCCUACUACCGAAUGGCCGGCGUGGUGGCAGCCUUCGCGCUGGUGUUCUACGCGGUGAUGGUGCUGGCGGUGUUCAAGCUGAUUCCGAUCACGUUGGAGCUGGCACACAUCGGCGGCUUCAUCCUGUCCGUCGGUAUGGCGGUAGAUGCCAACAUCCUGAUAUUCGAACGAAUGAAAGAAGAGGUCCGGAUUGGACGGACGCUGGCCUCAUCAAUGGAGGUCGGGUUCAGCCGUGCGUGGCCAGCCAUUCGAGACUCGAACAUCUCCACGAUGAUCACGUGCCUGGUACUGUUGUGGUUUGGCGACCGCCUGGGCGGCGGCCUGGUGACAGGCGUGGCGAUCAGCCUGUUCAUCGGCGUGGCGGCCAGCAUGUUCACGGCGGUGGUGGUGAGCCGGAACCUGUUGCAGCUCAUGGCUUUCGCCGGGCUGGGAGGUCGAAUCAGCCUGUUCACGCCUGAGAAGGUGGGUAGGGAGACGACGCAGGCCAGUUCGGGACCUGCCAGCGGAGGAGCCGGUAGUGCUGGACGUAGUCGGCAAGAGGGGCUGGUACUUCCUGUUCUCCGCCCUGAUCAUCAUUCCGGGAAUUCUGUCCAUGCUGAUGCCGCCGGGCUGGGUCGCGCUGGGUUCCGGGCUGAAGCCGGGCAUCGAUUUCACCAGCGGCGCCGUGUUCAACGUCACGUUCAGCGACGACGUGGACCAGCAGGAAAUUCACACGCGAAUGGCGGUGCUGGGCCAUCCCGAGGCGCUGGUGCAACAAGUAGGCGGCAACAACUUCUUCAUCCGCACUGA